GAAUAAGUUGUGAAAACAAACCUUGAAUAUUGUUAGAAAGUUUUUGUAAAUUAAUAGAUGAAUAUACCACGCUUUUGUGUUCCAUUCAUAUUUUGAUUAUGUGUUUAUACGUUAGCUGACGGUGUUUUAUUGUUUAUCGUUACUGUAAGGCCGUACAUUUUCUUAAAAAUUUAUAGUGACUAGGCCAAGUGCGUUCUACCAAACAGGUGCUUUUGACGUCACGUCGUCGUAUUCGUACUCAUUUUGUCAAAAUGUGGUUACUUUAAAUUAUAUCAGCAGUGAUUAAAAUUUGCUAAUCCCAUAUUAAUUUGAAAACCAACUUCGAAUCAUUGGUUCGAGUUGCGGAUUUGCUUCAAACAUUGCAAUUCACUUAAAAUUAAAAAUCAUGUCUAAGAGCAAACUUCACCAUCAAGUUGACAGCAAUAUUGUUGCAGUGAAAAGUAAAUUUGAUGCAGAUAUUAUAAGAUUUUCAGUCAACCGUAAUGAAGCAAUCAGUUAUGAAGAUUUUAGAAAGUUAUUGGCUGAACGACAUGAUAUUGGCCCUGAUUUAAGUUUUCUUAUAUGGUACACGGAUCCAACUGAUGGUGAUUUAUUACCUAUUAACAAUGAUAAUAACUUGGCAAGGGCAUUACUUGCUGCAAAACCACUACUUAGAAUUUUUAUUCAAAGAAAGGGGGAUGGACUAGAAGAUAUAAAUGGAUAUGGAACAAUGAAACCAAAAAAUUUAAUAUCAAGUAUCCUUGGUGGCACACCUGGAAAACCAAAGUCAUUGGCUAUAUCUAAUCCACAUGAUUUUAGGCAGGUAUCAGCAAUAAUUGAUGUAGAUAUAUUGCCAGAAACUUGUCGCCGUGUACGUUUGUUAAAACAUGGUUCUGAUAAACCAUUAGGAUUUUAUAUUAAAGAUGGUGAAAGUUAUCGAGUAUUACCACCAUCAGCAGGAGGUGGUGUUGAAAAAGUUCCAGGGGUAUUUAUCAGUAGAUUAGUACCAGGUGGCUUAGCUGAAAGUACAGGUCUUUUAGCAGUAAACGAUGAAGUUCUUGAAGUUAAUGGUAUAGAGGUUGCUGGAAAAACUCUAGAUCAAGUCACAGAUAUGAUGAUUGCCAAUUCUUCAAAUCUCAUAAUCACAGUAAAGCCAGCAAAUCAACGAGCAGCAUUAGCUGCUCCAAGACGUGGGUCAUUUUCACGUAAUAGUCAAUUAUCUUCUGGAAGUCAUCAGUCCACACAAAGUGCUGCAACUGGCAGUGAUGAAGAUGCAGAUGAAAUUGUAGACUUAACUGGUGUAACAUUACAAGAUGAUGCAACAACUUCUACUUCUCAACAUCAUCAUUAUCACCAUCAUCAUCAUCAUCAUCAAAAUCAUUUCAAUCAUGAUCAAGGUGUUCUACAUUUAUAAAUGA